AGACUCAGACAACAAGGAGUUGUCGGCCAUCGAAGACGUCACCGUAUUUCGAAGAAUUGCCCAGAAAGGAUGAAAGUCAUUCUGCAGACUAUUUUUGAGCGUCGCGUCGCGGGCGUUGCUAAUGGAGUCAAGGGCCUGUUCCUUCGCGAUCGGCACCUAGUUCGCGUUGCGGACAUGCUGUCUCAGUCACAAAUUCUUUUCCCCUGCGGCCAUCAUAAGGUAGGACAUCUGGUAGCCUCACGGUUCUGCUUUCUUUCCCUCCUCCAUUAUCCAUAGACAUAAUGUUGGUCAAGUCAACGACAAUCCCGACCUCCCUCUUUCUUCUUGCAGUGACGUCGUUUGCGCCGGUUCGCGCGACGCAGUACAACCUUGCCAAAGAGUACUCAGGCUCCACGUUCUUCAACGACUGGACGUUCUAUAAUAACUACGACAACCUGACCAACGGCGAUGCUAUCUUUGUGUCUGCACAAACCGCAACGUCGGCCAAGCUUGCCUAUGUAGACAGCUCGACAUCCCAUGCGAUUAUAAAGGUCGACAACACCACCACCGUAGCCUACAACGACAAACGCAACACUGUCCGUAUCACAAGCAAUGAUAGCUUCGCCGUUGGUAGCGUUUGGGUAACGGACCUGUACCAUGUCCCAUAUGGGUGCUCCGUCUGGCCCGCCUGGUGGAGCCAGGCUCCGAACUGGCCAACGGGUGGUGAGAUUGACACUUUUGAGGGCGUCAACAUGCAGAGUUUGAACCAGAUGUCGCUGCAUACCGAGCCUGGCUGCAAGCAGCAGAGCCCGACUCAAUCUUCCACCCUCGUCAACAGCACAGACUGCUCCUUCCAGACCAACAGCAACCAGGGAUGCAUUGUCACUGACCCUUCGACCGCCUCCUUUGGCCAGGGCUUCCAAGGUGGCGCAUAUGUCACUGAGUACGCGUCCAGUGGUAUCAGCAUCUGGUUCUUCCCACGCUCCAGCAUCCCUAGCGCUCUGUCAUCAAAUUCUAGCACGAUUGACACUUCGACCUUUGGCACUCCUGUUGCUAACUGGCCCAACACCGGCUGCAACAUUGAGCAGUACUUCCAGCCUCAGCAGCUUAUCUUUGAUAUCACUCUUUGCGGAGACUUUGCUGGCAACUCUGCCAUCUUCAACGAGACGUGCUCUGGUGUCUGCUACAACGACUACGUCAUUGGCUCGCCCUCAAACUACGACAACGCCUACUUCGAAGUCGGCUAUGUCCGUGUCUUCAGCAGCGGUAACACGGUCAUCACGCCUUCGGGCACGCUCUCGACUCCUGGCAGCUCUAGCACCGGCGGCUCGGGAUCGGGAUCGAACGGUGCUCGUUGCCUCGGGGCGGAGAUCAUGGCCAUUCCGACCGUGGUUGGCCUGGUUGCCCUCUUCAGCGGUUACAUUUUCCUUUUCUGAGCGGUCCUCGCAGAGGCCCUAGCCAGUUGAACGUCUGUUUUACUAAACGCCGGGACGUUGAUUGAUUGAUGGAAGCAGUACUGCCCUUGCAAUUCCGUGGAAGUCCGUUCACUUACCGUGUGCUAGACAUGAUACCCGUUCGAGUAGUUGACGUAUGUAGAACCUUUGCUACCUAUAAUUGUGGACCUUGUUGUGAACUGCUUACCUUGCUAAUUAUACAUUCGGCCGUGUGUCGCGGGAGCCCACUCUCGGACGAACCUCGC